UAAUUCUCUUCGUUGCCUCGCUACCGAACGACACGAACUGUUCCACUCACAGUCUGCACACGCGAAAAAGUUGUAGCUGAAACGCAUUUAACUAGCACUUUCCAGCUAGAAAAAGUGACUGAAAUUUACCUACUGAAACCAUCAGCUAGUGUUUCCUUCUUCCUGUUUUCGUUUGUUAAUUUUGAGUUAGUUUAACCGUCGAAAUGUUUUGGGGAUUAAUCCUAAAGGCGAACAAAAAGUACACCCAGACGGUGGUGAAAGCGUUCCAUCUGUCGCAGGCCGCACUGGACCUGAGCAAAGCCGGCGAUGGUGAUGUGCAGGUUAUGUUAACCUCGGAGGAAAAUACCUACUUGCUGUGCACUCUGGGCAAGAAAACCCCGCAGGUUUCGUUGGAUCUGAACUUCGACGAGGGUGACCAGAUUAGUUUAAGCACCAAGGGCGAAGGAAUUGUCCAUCUAACGGGUUAUCUGGUGCCUAGCGAGGCGGAUUUCAUGGACAGCGAUGAAGACGCGGAAGAAGAAGAGGUCGAAGCUGAACAGGAACUGGAGGAAGUUCCAGCACAGAAAGGAAAGGGUGGAAAGGAACGCGUUGCAAAGAAAGUUGCCGAAAAGGUGAUUAAACACGAGGUGGUAGUCAAACAGGGUGCUGAUGAUGAGGAUGAGGAUGAAAUGGACGAAACGUUCGAGCUGCCCAAGGGAGCUCAAAAGAAAAAGAAGAAGGGUGGAGAUGAGGAGGAGGAUAGCGACGAGGAUGAUGACGAGUCCGACGAAGAUGACUCGGACGACUCCGAGGACGAUGAGGAGAUGGACGACAGUAAAGCCAGUGACGGCAAGGCCGGCCAGGAGGACAGUGAUGACGACGAUGAGGAUGAUGACGACGAAAACGAUUCCGAUGAGGACGAUUCGGAAGAAGAGCAACCAGCAGCCAAGGUUGCCAAGUUGGAGAAGAAACCAUCGAAGCAAAACGGUGUCGAACAGAACGGCAAAGCCUCCUCCAAGGAACUGAAGAAAGACGAAAAGCAAAAGGAAGGACAACCGAAAACUCGCACACUGCAGGGUGGAUUGACGGUGGAGGACAUUGCGGUUGGUUCGGGAGCGGAAGCCAAACCCGGCAAGAAGGUUGCCGUGUACUACGAGGGUCGCCUCAAGAAGAACAACAAAGUAUUCGACUCGACUACGAAGGGCGCCGGCUUCAAGUUCGCUCUUGGUCGCGGCGAAGUCAUCAAAGGAUGGGAUCUGGGAGUGGCCGGAAUGAAGGUUGGAGGAAAACGACGACUGACGGUGCCUCAUCAGCUAGCCUACGGAACACGGGGAAGCCCACCGGUCAUUCCACCGAACAGUACACUCGUUUUCGACGUUGAGCUGCGAAAUGUGUUCUAAGCACACGUGUCCCCUUUUAAAACUAUCCCCCCUCUCAAUUUAUCUACUGUGUAGGAUGAUAUGCUCACAAUAUAUCAGACCACACUAUUCACAACAGAUCAGCAUUGCGUUCUGGAUUCGCCAUUUAUCGCCAGGUGAAAUAUGUAACUAGUUGGUAACUUAAAAAGCUAUCAGGUUUUUUUUUAUUGCUUGUAAGAGAACGAGAGAAAGAAAGAAAGAGUCAGAUAAUACAUUCGCAGGUGCUGCAAUAGGUCGGUUUUUAACUGAACGCCGUACGGCAUCACAAACCAUUACUGCUCCUUUUUGUUGUAAAAAAGUUGCAUUAAUGUUUCAAUUGAACACUUUUCGCACCACUGCUGUAAUACUGUAUGCGAGAAAAUACGUUUUGUCCAAUAAAACUUAUUACAAUCCUUA